UAAACCGUACACGAUUCUUAUAUUUUUUAAAUUUGUGAUUAUUUUUUAAAAACAAUACUGUUCCAAUUCAAAUUAAGUGUUGUUCAUAAAAAAAUUAAAUUAUUGGCAGAACAAUUAGGUGAAACGGAAUUACUUGACUAUCUAUAGAAAUGUAUUAUGUAUCGAGUGAAUGUGCUAGCUAUUUAGAUGUGGGUUUAAAUGGUAACAAAAACGUGUAACAAGUAAAUUAAUAUUAUUCAUUCAUGACUGCUCGUGGUAAAAUGAAGAAUAAAACGUUUGCUUCAGUAUUGCGAGACGUAGAACAAGGUAUUUCCGAGGAACAAGAAAAGUUGCCGUUACUGAACAAACCGCAAACAAGACCACAAGCACAUAAACCAAACAGCUCUAAUGGAUUGGAAGGAGUGAGAAGAAGGCCAUCCCCAAAACUACCACCACUCAUCCUGGAACCACCAUCAACAUUAACAACACCAGACACCACGCCAGGUCCCGACACUUCAGACACCUGGCCGAAGAAGUGGAGAAGAAGCGACCGGAAGCAUCGAAGGUUGAACACAGAGCUUCUAGAGGCAAUAGAAAGUCAUAAUAUUGAGGAAAUUGAAAGGUUACUGAAAGCAGGAGCCAAUCCGAACGCAACAUGCCGUCUAGACCUGGUCUCAGCAUGCCAUAUGGCAGCUCUUGGGGGAGGAGACGCUUUAAGUCUUCUGGUGAAGUACGGUGCAGAAAAACACCGACUAGAUACGCUUGGCAGAACGCCCCUACACCUGGCAGCGUACGCUGGCAACGCGAGGCAGAUGGCUAUACUUCUAGAUUUGUCUGAAGAGAUGCAAUGCCGCGUCGAAAGUGAUGACAUGUCUUCAGAAGCUGAAGAAGAUGUAAAGAAGUUAUGUCAGGUGACAAAAGCAAUGGCGAAUGUUCGUUGCGGGGUUGGCGAAAUAAAUAUGUCACUCCCUACGACUUGGAAGGACAAUAUUGACCACAACUGUGUUAAUAUUAAAGGCAGCUUUCCACUUCUUCAGCCAGGAUGGACUCCUUUGCACGUAGCUGCGUCGUGUGCACGUCGCCAUUGCACUAGACUACUGCUAGCAGCUGGUGCCGACCCCAACGUGUGCGAUGUCCUCGGUCGAACGGCCUUGGACGUUGUUGGUUCAGCUCAUUAUUACGGAGAUGGAGUUAAUUUGGAAAACUUAACAGAAGUAAUCAAGACCCUCAUAAAAUCUGGUGGGACUUUCAAUUCUAUGCGACGGCAAGGUCUCAACAACAUCGACACACCUCUUCAUACUGCAGUAGAGUUGGAAAAUAUUGAUAGCAUUAAGGAGCUUUUGGAUAUUGGGGCCUCAAUAACAUGCUUAAAUCCAGGCGGUCAAACACCAUUACAUCUUUGUGUUAAGAAACAAUUAGAAGAACCUCUUCAGAUUUUAGCUAAUUACACAUAUGCGGAUGCUGAUCCUCUAGCGGCGAUGGUGGAUGUCAAGGAUAGAGAUGGUCAUACAGUAUUACAAGCAGCAGUUGAGGAAGCAUGGGUUCCUGGUGUUUGUGUGGCAUUAGAAGCUGGAGCGGAUGUAACUUUAAAAGCAAAUGAUGGAGAGACUACUAUUCACUCGGCAGCAUCGUUGGGCAAUAUUGACGUACUCUUAGAAAUACUAAGUGUAGCCAAGCAACAUGGUAUACUUGACGGUCAAAAUGAAGAAGGAGAGACGCCUUUAUUUAAAGCCAUUAAAAAUGGCCAUAAGGAGUGUGUCAAAGCUUUACUUGACCAAGGCGCAUCGGUUAAAAUCCUUUUACCUGGAGACGUUAAUGUUUUGCAUGUAGCAACAGAAUAUGAUCAGAAGGAGAUAUUGAAAAUUUUAUUAGAAUACAAUAAUGGAAAAAUCUUAAAUAUGAUUGAUUCAUUAACAGCCAACGAUAGACGAGGCUUUGGUCCAAUUCACUUUGCUGUUUACAAUAAUAGCGUUGAUUGCCUGGAACUACUACUUUCCAAGAAUGCUGAUAUAAGAUUAAGAACAUCAAGCUCUCCACAUUUUUCAUCAACACCUUUACAUCUAGCUGCUGUUAAAAAUUAUAAAGAAGUCGCCAUGUUUAUUAUCAAAUACGAUAAGACAGUAAUUCAUGAAGUCAAUAGCAUGGGAUGGUUUCCUCUACAUUCUGCGAGCCAUCAUGGCAGCAGAGAUGUUAUAAGUUUGCUCUUGCAAGAAGGAGCUGAUUUAUCUGGUUACACUGACGGUCCUAGAAAAUAUAGAAAGACAGCAAUUGAUAUGCUUAUAAAUAACUUGUCAAAGCCAACUGAAUUUCUAGAGGACACGUUUAACUCAUAUAUUACCUCCAACACAUAUUAUUUAGAAGACUCAAAUUGUGAAAUCAUAGUAGAUUAUAGAAUAUUAAUGCCAACUAUUUGUGAAAUGGAGCAAAUGAAAGUAAUCGAAGCUCUUUUAAAGACUGGAAAUAGAUACGGUCAGAAGAGAUUACUAGUUCAUCCCUUAGUAGAAAGUUUUUUAUAUUUGAAGUGGAAAGCUUUACUACCAUUCUUUUAUACAAUUAUAGCUGUAUAUGCUUUUUUUGUCUCCUCGCUAACAAUAUUCAUAAUUUCUCUAUUUUUCUUCAAGGACACUAAUGUUAGGCCUCCCAUCUUAUUAACUCCUUGGGUAUGGGGUAACAUCGUAUACGCAUCUAUAAUACUGAUAAUUUUACAGGAAAUUCUUUACAUGAAUAUCAAAAGUGCCAGAUAUUUUUGUCAAAUGGAAACAUGGAUAAAAUUUGGAUCUGUUUGCCUUGCCACUGCACUUCCACCCGCCGUCUAUUUUCUAGCUUCGGUUGAAGAUGAAUGGCCCAGGCAUAUUGCAACAUUAGCAUUACUUUUAUCAUGGCUGGAGCUAAUGUUCCUGCUGUCAAGGUUUCCUAAUUGGGGCUAUUACGUGCUAAUGUUUGGGAAAGUAGCAUCUAAUGUUGUUAAAAUCCUUCUAACUUUUGCCUUCCUAGUGAUUGGAUUUUCAUUAAGUUUUAUGAUACAAUUCCAUUCUGAGAUGCCAUUUGAAACCCCUUGGGCUGCUUUCGUAAAAACUGUGGUCAUGAUGACAUCAGAAUUUGAUUAUGUCGCACUUUUUGAUGAGGAACACACUGAGAAGCUAGCUACAUCAUUAGUAAUAGUACGGUUGAUAUUUUUAAUAUUUCUUAUUCUAGCCGCUAUUGUACUAAUGAACUUGAUGGUUGGUGUUGCCGUGAGUGACAUUAAUGAUUUAGAAAUAUUGGGCAAUAUAAAUAGGCUUGCUAAGCAAGUUGAAUUUCUCUCUACGCUGGACAACUUGGUUUAUAAUAGAUUCUUUACCACAAUUUUGCCCCAAAGAGUUAACGAGCACAUUAAGUAUAAACGAAAAGUUCUCAAUACAAUUACUAUGUCUCCUGGGAAGCCUAGAUGGCGUUCUUUCAAAAUUCUUCCUUCAUACCUCCGAGACGCUCUUUUAACGAUAGCUCAGGAACAAAAGAAAAUAAAAGAUCAAGAGAUUGGAUCAGAAGAGUUUACCAAAAAAAUUGACGAAAUGCAUGAAGCUAUAACCAAAUUAUACGAGGAACAAACGGAGAAAAAUGAAUUGAAGCAACUUGAAAAUAAACCUUUAUAUAAGUUUAAGUAUGAAGAUGUAUUAAAACGUUUGAGCGGCAUAGAUGAUGGCAUAGAUCUGGUCAAAAGUCAAUUGAAUGAUUGUAUAGAAGGGGCUCAUUCUCCUAUUGAAAAGUUAACUGUAAAAAUAGACCAAAUAUCAUUAGAAAUGGAAAAUAUUAAACAAUUUUUAAGCCGAUUGGAAAGCAAACUUGGCAGAUGACAUGUCCAAAUAACAAGAACCAAAUUAGCUUUUAAAUUAGAUAAGAAAUAAAUACCUAAGGAAUUUGAU